AUGUGGCACCUGAACAUCCCCCUGUUCCGGAAUCUCGAUAAGGUCGCCGAGCACGAGCGCCGAGCGGUCCUCGGCCUCGCGCGCACCUGGUGGGGCUUCAGCGAGCGCCUGCCCGCCGUGCUGAGCAGCGCCCGGGCCCACGGGCUCUCGCCGGCGCUGCCGGCCCCAGCGGCGGACCUCGCCCGGGAGGCGCGCUCGAGGCCAGCGCACCGCCACGGGGCGGAGGAGGAGGAGCAGCGACGAGGAGGAGGCCCAGACCCCCUCGAGCCACGAAAAAGCGCGACGGCAGGUGUUUCAUUCUUUUCGGCCUCCAGGGGCCCGGGCUGCGCGACGGGCACCGCGCGGACGGCGUGAUCGUCAACGACAGGGGCGUCGUGGAGCCCGCACCGCGGCAGGCCACUAGAUGCCGGGUGUUCCGGAUCCUGCCAGGGCUGGUGGGAUUACGUGCUUGUCGGGCGUUGCUUCUGGAGGCGCGAGCCCCUGGAGCGGACUGGCGCCUCGGGGGAGGAGGAGGUCAGGGGCAUACUCCACCCUUGUCCCCUGGGAUACGCAGGGUACUAGUAGCUGCCGCGAGCGUAGUUUGCUGUUCCGCGUCGGAGCAGCCCGCCAAGCCUCCGAGCUCGUACCGCUGCCGGCAC